GCGAUGGUGCGCCCGCGCUCGCCCGCUGUGUUCCGGCCUGGCGUCGUCCUGCAGCGACCGUGGCAUCAACGCGUGGUACCCGCGUACAGACCUCCGUAUGUGGUGUAUAGGGCACCAAUGCCACAUAGGUAUGCUGUAAAGCCCCACAUGCAUUUCCGUAACGCUAUCCCUGGAGGUCCAUGGAAGACAGGCCGGUUGCCUCUGCCGGGUGCAGACUACGAGCUGCUGCGGGCCGCGUCCGCUCCACCACUGCUGCACACGCACGGUGAUACAGCAGGUGCAAUACACACGAUACCAGCACCCAACCUCAGCCUGUCAGAGAAGCCCAUCGUCGUUGCUGAGACUGACACCACGAACACUGAGCCUGCCACUGAACCAGUUAAAACAACAUACGAAGUAACUGAAAAAUAUUCGGAGCCCCAGGUGUAUCAAAUACCGGCAAAAAUCGAAGCUCCUACAGGAUUUUCUAAACAGUCAUCUUUAAAAACACCAGAACUUCAACAGUUUGUGCAGAAUGGAGCUUCUUUUCCAUUGUCAGCGCAAUACGGACAUCCAUCUCUACCUCUACCCCAAAAUCCACAACAAUUUUCUAUUCAGGGUCUCACAGAUUUAUCCAGCCAUCAAGAUCUUCUACAAACAGCAGCUGAAGGAAUAAUCAUUCCACCGAGCGCGCUUUACCAAAACGAUCCAAACUUUUUACAAAAAUUACAAAGUCAAUUAUUACAACAAUUCCCUGCAGUCGAAUUUAUACCUUACACCGCUGAUAUACAACCUCAAAUUCAACAAACGACACAAUCACAACUAUAUUUAUUGGAAAACGAAGUCAUAACACAAACACCAUCUUUUAAAGAUGAACCACACAGGAACAUUGUACAAAGAGAAACUCAAGAAGCGUCUCUUCUAUCUUUAGUUCCACAACCAUUUACUCUUAGCAACGUGAUAGAAAAUGUUACUAACGCAACACCAAACGAUCAACAAAAUAUAACAGAGACAUCUGAAACAGAUCUUCCAACUACAACUUCUAAACUUAUAGAAAAUACAACAGAACAAAGUACUACACCUAUAUACUACGCUCAAGUUGCUCAAAGCGUUGGUAAUAUCAUAGCUAAAGGAUUUUAUUCAGCUAUAAACGAUGUCAGAGCAGCUGCCGCGUUAGCACAAGUAGAAAAAGUUAACGAACUUGCGCAUAUAGAUAUGUCAACAACAAUUAAAUCGGAUACAACUCAAGAAGCUAUAAAAGAACCAAAUUUAGAUAAAGAGGAAAAAAAUGACACUAGCAAUGAAAUAAAACAUUCAUCUAAUGAUAUAAAAUUUGCUGGAGCACCAUUUGAAAAAGCUGAAACGGUAAACUUUACUUAUAGAUUAUUACAUUCUCAAGAAGAUUCGAGCAAAAAUAAUAAAAACGGUAACGUAUUCGCUGGACAAUUAGUACAAGCAAUGAUAAGUGAAGAUAAAGACUUUAAUAAGGGUAAAGCGAAUGUAUCAUGGCGACCACCGUUAAGGUUAUUUGCACCAGAAAAUAAAGUCGACACUCCACAAAAGUUGAAUGUAGUAAAAGCUAAAAUACCACCAAAAACUAAACUUACAUUUGAUGAUAAAACUGGUGAGCCAGUUUUGAGAAUUUAUGCGAGUUAUUCUGAAAAUCCAAUUCAGAAGGAGAUAGUGCUAUCAAAAUUAUCGAAUUUAAAACACGUUAAAGAAGCAGUAACACGUAAACAAGAUGCAAUAAACAGUUGGAACACAGUAACUGCAAAACCAUUUGAAAAGACAAUACCAGAUGCAAAUCAAAUAUCACAGUUUGGUUUGAAAUUACGCUCUAGAAGUGACGACUACAUACCUCUGUUUGAAGAAUAUGAAGAAUAAUUAAGUAUAAUUAAUAAUCCAACGAUUAAAUUUAAGUAUAAGAUGUUAUUUUGUGCGCUUUUGAUAAUUCAAGUCAUACAAAUGUAGUUCUCUAACAGUAGGUUUCUACUGGAGUAACACUUUUAAUACUGACAAAAUACAAAUGUCACGGCAAUGAAAAUCUACAUUUCCAUUUUAAUUUGAUAAUAAUUCUGUUCUUUAAUUGUAAGGUUAGAAAGAUAAUAUUGCAGAGGCAACAAGCUUUAAUUUACUUUUGAGUAACUAAUUAUAAAUAGUUAACAGGAAUAGAAAAAAAAAAUUAAAAAGUGUAUGUAGUUAGUUAUUCUUAAAUAUAAAAUUACUAUGUUGUUUCAAAAGGCAUUUUAAAUAUUUUUUUUCUUUAUGUAACACUUAAAUUCUUUACUUUUUCAAGAACUAAGUUUUAAAGUUAUUUGA